CAUCACCAUUAUUAUAGCCCAAAAAAAAAGUCCAGAGGAAAAAAAAAAGGAGAGAGAUCAAAAUCUAAAAUCCUAAAAGGACGAUUUCUUCCCUUUGCCUUCAAAUCUCUUCAAUCUCUUCUCUUACCUUCCUCCUAAUUUCUCAAUUUUUUCCCCUCUUCUACUAUUUUCGGAAGCUGUAGAAUCUCCGAAUCGUUUCUGUGACUUUGAUUGUUUGGAUUUUGUUUUUCCGGUUUGUUUUUUUUUUAAGGAUUUUGCGUGAAAUGGGUGUGGGCUUGAGUCGUUGGGCGUGAAUCGAAGUUGAAUUUGCAGAGAAUUAGGAAAAUUUGGGUCUUUGGUCGUCUGGGUUGUGGAGAUUUUUAGGGUUGUCGAAUUUUUCUGUGAGAAAAUGGAGAAGUACGAGCUGGUCAAGGACAUAGGUGCUGGGAAUUUCGGUGUGGCGAGGCUCAUGAGGAUAAAAAACACAAAGGAACUCGUUGCCAUGAAGUACAUCGAGCGUGGCCCAAAGAUUGAUGAGAAUGUAGCUAGAGAAAUCAUAAAUCACAGAUCACUUCGCCAUCCGAAUAUAAUUCGGUUUAAGGAGGUGGUUUUGACACCGACCCAUCUUGCCAUUGUUAUGGAAUAUGCUGCCGGUGGUGAGCUUUUUGAGCGUAUAUGCAGUGCCGGGAGAUUCAGUGAAGAUGAGGCAAGGUACUUUUUCCAGCAGCUCAUAUCAGGAGUCAGCUAUUGCCAUGCAAUGCAAAUUUGCCACAGAGAUUUGAAGUUAGAGAAUACCCUCUUGGAUGGAAGUCCUGCUCCACGUCUGAAAAUCUGUGAUUUUGGUUAUUCUAAGUCCUCUUUGCUGCACUCAAGGCCAAAAUCAACUGUUGGCACUCCGGCUUAUAUUGCACCUGAAGUCCUUUCACGUCGGGAAUAUGAUGGAAAGAUGGCUGAUGUAUGGUCUUGCGGUGUGACCCUUUAUGUCAUGCUGGUUGGGGCAUAUCCAUUUGAAGACCAGGAGGACCCCAAAAACUUCAGAAAAACGAUUCAAAGAAUAAUGGCUGUACAAUACAAGAUUCCAGACUACGUCCAUGUAACCCAAGACUGCAAGCAUCUCCUUUCUCGCAUAUUUGUGGCCAACCCAACAAAGAGGAUCGCCAUUGCGGAGAUCAAGAAGCACCCGUGGUUUCUGAAGAACCUUCCGAGGGAACUAGCGGAGACAGCUCAAGCUGCAUACUACAGCAAAGAAAACCCGACAUUCUCGCUUCAAAGCGUGGAAGAGAUAAUGAAAAUCGUGGAGGAAGCAAAAGUCCCUCCUCCGGUCUCGCGGUCCAUCGGGGGAUUUGGGUGGGGAGGAGAGGAAGGUUCCGAGGGAAAGGAGGAAGAUGCGGAAGAGGAGGAGGAGGAGGAGGAGGACGAUGAAGAUGAAUACGAUAAGACGGUGAAGGAGGUACAUGCAAGUGGAGAAGUUCGUGUCAGUUAAACAGUUCGGUGAUUUAAGAAGUAAAAGAGAGGCUUCGGUUGGUUGUCUUCUUCAGAGCUGUCUUCUGAGUUUUUUUCCCAUCUUGUGAUGUAUUACAUGAAAGUCUUAUUUGUUUGGGGAUUUGUUUUGGAGUGUCUUUUGUGAAAAUAGAAGUAGACGAACAAAUGGUCUGUCUUCCAUCUUUAUGUUGGAACAGAUUUUUUUUGUAUAUUAGAAAAAUGUGUGAUUUUUGUGAGGGUAA